CCGUCACCGCUUGCUUGAAGGUCAUAUGAAAGUCACAAUCAAAUACAGCACGAAAUAACCAUACGGCCCUUUAUAAUCCUCAAUCCCAUUUAUGAUACAGACAUGUAUCAUCCUAUAUAAUAAGUGAAGCCUGAAUUCGCUUGAUGGGAAACAUCUUUGAUGAGGUUGUAAUUCAGACUGGAAUGAUGCAUCUGAGACAUCCGUUCUAUUCAUCGAUGGUGCGACAUUCAAGUUCCUACUACCUUCUCUGCUCCUAUACUCUAUCCUCGUCAAAUCUCGUAGCUGGUUACUAUGAUCGGUCAAUUUGACACCUACCAUUCUUCAGUCUGCAUCUCUCCCUCGAACCAUGGCAUCGAUGCUCAGGGAGUAUCAGAACCUUUGUUGCGAUAUGCCGCAAACCACUGGGUGAGAUAUGCCCCACAGAACUUUCGAGAACUUCUCACUUAUCAUCGUUAGGCGGACCUAAAGGCUAAAUUCCUUUUAGUUUACGCAGAAGAGAUGUCAUGGACUCCAUCUCAAACCUGCUAUCCUUCAAUUCUGAGAUCAAAACGUCCCUUGAGGCCACGCUCACAAAAUACGCAUUUUUGGACACUCGAGGACAGGAUGAAACGUAUCCAGUCCCGCGCCACCCUCCGGCGUAAAUCUGCUUCGCCAAACCUUUCUCAGCGAUCGACAAUACCAGACCUCAAAGCUCUUCAUGCGCACUAUGCUCGCCAGCGUAUGCAUGGAGAAGCAUAUGACGAAUACGAGUGCGGAAAUUCCAGUCCAAAGCGCAAGCGAGCUGUUAUUGGCAUUCGCGAUGUGGAUAAAACCUCUCUGGAAAUGUUGCCCUUCGUGAGGCCUCGACGCUCAUACCAAUGCAGCUACGGUGAGCGACAACCACAAUGGUCACUAGGUGUCCAGAGUUUGGUGGAUCCCCAUAUCGAUGCUAUAGUGGAUUACGAGAUGGUAAACGUCAAGGAUGAAUCUUGGUUGCAGUCCAAUGCAACACCGAGAUUUUUGAUCGGCGCAGAUAGCACUUCCAUGAAGCACGUCGUUUAUGGCGAUUUUGGUGUACCUCGCACGUUUGAGAGAAGGCUGGCGUCGAAGAAGACGACUGAUCCCCGUCCGCAACCUCGUCCUACCGUAACUAUGGUCGACAUUGACAUGAUUGCAGCUCGAGAACCUCCAUCUACCAGUCAUCACCGAAACAAAUCUUCAGAGUUCAUCCAAGCUUCUGAUCCAAUGGAAACCACUGCAGACCUGAUGCGGGAGAUUUUUGGUGAUGGAGAAGUGGACGACGCGGACAGCGUCUUGUCUUCCAGAUGUUUCUAUGAAAUGGAAACGUUGCAACUCGUUCAUGAGAAUCGAGCUCUUACACGGCAUGAUGUAAAACAGGUUUGCUGCGCCAAAUACUAUUCUCAACUUCCCUCCUCCACAAAAGCCCCUUUGGUCUCAGAGUGAUGGGAAAUGCAAACUAAUGCGAUGCGCAUGGUCUAAGGGAACAGACCCCCGACUCAGUCCCUGAACAUGCGGCAAGGAACUUACCAGAGUAAAAAUGUAAUGCCAAGCGUAUCGCCGAUGGCAAGUCGAACAAUCUAGCGCUGGUGGCAAGCCCGGCACCCUAGUAGCUCAUGGCCCGGGAUGCGGAAAAUGUGUGGGUAGUGCGUCGAAUUGUUGUAAACGUGACUUCUCGGAAAUGAGCACUCCGAGUCGGACUCAAAAACAGAAAUGCCAGCAGAUUCAACGGAACAGCGAACGUUCUAGCCGUUGUGAAUACUAAAGAGAAAACAAGCCCACGACGAUGCGAGACCACCACCGUAACUGCAUGAUACGUAAAGCGCCUACCUUACGGGAGCUGGCCCACGCUGCAUACCUACUUGUGCACUCGGGUGUUUGUGGAAUGGCAAGUGGACCAACCAACGCGUUCUCACGGGCCAUUCCGUAUCGCC